AUGGGAAUCUUUACCUUGUUCUUGCAACGCAAGAGGCGUCUUCGUUUACGCCUGCCUGUUUACCUGCAUGGUGAGAUGCUACGGAUCCCACUGAGCAUCCUUGUCAGCCAAAGCAAGGAUGGUUCAUGCACAGUGGAUCCGUAUCACCUCUGGCAUGCCUUGGCCCCCUAUUUCGAAGAUCUCCAAGUAUACGAGGGCCGUAUGAUGGUACUACACGAUAACGAUGCUCUUUUGGCAACACAGACAAGUCAGGGCUGGAAGUGUUCACUUCCUCGUCCUGGCACAUCUGUGUUGUUUGAAAGUACUUUCUCCCUCAAAAUUAUACAUCCACAGGACUGGGAAGAUGACGGCAGUUCAUUAACCUCCUGGACUUCAUCUACCUGA